AUGGCUCACACCGAGCCUGGGGCCGAGGGCAGCCCGUCCUGGGCAGAGGGCCGCAACGGCUCGCCCCGCAUAAGAAUUACCAAGGUGGACUGGCAGCGGCAGAAGAAUGGCACCGCCCACCACACACACGAGUUCCCUGGCCCCAUUCUGGUAGCCCGCAGGGGCCAGCCGUUCGAGAUGACAGUGUUUUUCAGCCGAGCCCUGGACUCUGAGGAGACCCUCAUCAUGACAGUGGAGACAGGUCCCCAGGCUUCUGAGGACCUCGGCACCAAAGCUGUGUUCCAGACAUUGGAGCCGGGGGAGGACCCUGCCUGGACCGCAGUGCAGGAGAUUCAGACAGAGACCACCAUGACUGUCAGCCUCAUCAGCCCCCCAAACGCUGUCAUUGGCCACUACCGGCUGAGUGCCAGGCCUUCCUCCCGCCGCAAGCAAAACAACAAGAAGCUGGGGGAGUUUAUUCUCCUUUUCAACCCAUGGUGCCCAGAGGACGAUGUGUUUCUGGCUUCAGAAGAGGAACGACAGGAGUAUGUGCUCAACGACAGCGGUGUCAUCUUCCGAGGCGUGGAGAAGCACAUCCAAGCCCAGGGCUGGAACUACGGGCAGUUUGAGGAAGACAUCCUGGACAUCUGCCUCUCCAUUUUGGACCGAAAUCCCAGUCAUCAGGACGACCCAGCCACUGACGUGUCCCGCCGCCAUGACCCCAUCUACGUCACCAGAGUGAUCAGUGCCAUGGUGAACAGCAACAAUGACCGGGGCGUGGUGCAAGGCCAGUGGCAGGGCAAGUACGGCGGUGGUACCAGCCCGCUGCACUGGCAGGGCAGCGUGGCCAUCCUGCAGAAGUGGUUCAAGGGCAGGUACAAGCCAGUCAAAUACGGCCAAUGCUGGGUCUUCGCUGGAGUCAUGUGCACAGUCCUCAGGUGCCUGGGGAUUGCCACUCGGGUAGUGUCCAACUUCAACUCGGCCCAUGACACGGACAGGAACCUGAGUGUAGACAAAUACGUGGACUCCUACGGGCGGACGCUGGAUGACCUGACGGAGGACAGCAUGUGGAAUUUCCAUGUCUGGAACGAGAGCUGGUUUGCCCGGAAGGACCUGGGCCCCUCUUACAAUGGCUGGCAGGUUCUGGACGCCACGCCCCAGGAGGAGAGUGAAGGCAUAUUCCGGUGUGGCCCGGCCUCGGUCACCGCCAUCCGCGAGGGCGACGUGCACCUGGCCCACGACGGCCCGUUCGUGUUUGCGGAGGUCAACGCCGACUACAUCACCUGGCUGUGGCAUGAUGAUGAGAGCCACGAACGCGUGUACUCGGACCCCAGGAAGAUCGGGAGGUGCAUCAGCACCAAGGCGGUGGGCAGCAACUCCCGAGUGGACAUCACAGGCCUCUACAAGUACCCAGAAGGGUCCCGGAAGGAGAGACAGGUAUAUCGCAAGGCCGUGAGGAAGCUGUUCAGCGUGGAAACCCGCGGGCGGAGAGACCGGGUGCGCAGGGCUGGAGGACGCGGUCUCUGGCGUGAGGACCUCCUGGAGCCAGCCACCAAGCCCAGUGUCACGGGCAAGUUCAAGCUGCUGGAGCCUCCUGUCCUGGGCCACGACCUGAGCCUGGCCCUGUGCCUGACCAACCUCACAACCCGAUCACAGAAGGUCCGCGUCAACCUCAGCGGGGCCACCAUCCUCUACACUCGCCGGCCGGUGGCCGAGAUCCUGCGUGAGUCGCACUCUGUCCAGCUGGGGCCUGAGGGAGAGGAAAACAUCCCAAUUAAAAUACCUUACUCUCAGUACAAGGAAGACCUGACAGAAGACAAAAAGAUCCUGUUGGCUGCCAUGUGUUUCAUCACGAAAGGGGAGAAGCUCCUGGUGGAGAAGGACAUUACUCUGGAGGACUUCAUCACCAUCAAGGUGCUGGGUCCGGCCACGGUGGGCAUGGCAGUUACAGUGCAAGUGAUGGUGGUCAACCCCCUCUCGGAAAUUGUGGAGGACUGUGUGCUGAUGGUGGAGGGCAGCGGCCUGCUCCAGGGCCAGCUCAGCAUUGAUGUGCCCACCCUGGAGCCUCAGGAGAAGGCCUCAGUCCAGUUUGACAUCACCCCCUCCAGGAGCGGUCCCAGACAGCUGCAGGUGGACCUGGUCAGCCCCCACUUCCCAGACAUCAAGGGCUUUGUGAUCAUUCACGUGGCUGAGGCCAAGUGA